AUGCUGCGGGACUGGUGCCGCUGGAUGGGCGUGAACUCAAAGCGCGCUGUGCUCAUCCUGGGCAUCCCUGACGACUGCGAGGAGGAGGACUUCCAGGAGGCCCUGCAGGAUUCCCUGUGGCCCCUGGGCAGGUACCGAGUGCUGGGCAAUGUCUUCAGAAGGGAGCUUGGGUGCAGGGUCGCCUUGGUUGAGUUUGCUGACAAUUUAAACCGAAAUCUGAUUCCCCGACACAUACCGGGCAAGCAAGAGGACUGGACUGUGAUCUUCCUGCCUCAGGUCUUUGACUCUGAGUCACAGGAUGCACCCAAUUUCCCUGCACAGCCCCAAAGGCAAGCGGUGGCUGGCCCGGCUGAUGAAGCAGGAGCCGCACAGCCGGUUGGAGCUGCAGGUGAAGCAGGAGCCCCCGGUGAGGAGGGAGCUGCAGCUCCAGGUGAGGCAGGAGCUGCAGCUGAGGCAGGAGAUGCAGCCGAGGCAGGAGAUGCAGCCGAGGCAGGAGAUGCAGCCGAGGCAGGAGCUGCAGCUGAGGCAGGAGAUGCAGCCGAGGCAGGAGAUGCAGCCGAGGCAGGAGGUGCAGCUGAGGCAGGAGAUGCAGCCGAGGCAGGAGCUGCAGCUGAGGCAGGAGAUGCAGCCGAGGCAGGAGGUGCAGCCGAGGCAGGAGGUGCAGCCGAGGCAGGAGGUGCAGCUGAGGAGGAAGCCUGGAUCCAGCAAUGGAAUCAGGCCCUGAAGCCUGUGCUGGAAAAUAUAGCCUACCAGGAACUGAGAGACUUUUAUGGCAAUGAACAGCCAGGUCACAAGAAUGAGUCCUUUGCGAGCUGGCUGGACCACGCCAAUGACAUGCUGUACCUGUGGCGCCACAUAUCAGAAAGGGAGCGGCGGAGGAGGCUGGUGGAGAGCCUGCACGGGCCAGCACAGAAUUUCAUCUAUGGCCUCCUGAAUGAAAACCCUGCCAUCUCUGCUCAGGAAUGCCUGUCAGCGCUGGCUCUGGUGUUUAAGAACAAGGACAGCCAGGCGGUCAUGAGGCUGAAGUUUGUGACUUGUGCCCAGCAGCCCCAGGAGACUCUCUUUGCUUAUGUGAUUCGCCUGGAAGAUGUGCUGCACGCGGCCAUGGAGAAGGAGGCCAUCCACCCAGGCGUGGCAGACGAAGUACGGAUGGAGCAGGUGCUGAUGCGGGCCCGCCCCAAUGAGAAGCUCCUGAACAAGCUGAAGAAGAUGCACCUGGAGGAGAAAUCACCUGGCUUCCUGGAGAUGCUUCGGCUCAUUCGGGAGUCAGAGGCAUGUGAGGCCACUCCGACCAUGAGACAGCAGUUUCAGGGGGAAGAAAGGGCCUGGGUGGACAUUAGAGGACUGGCUGCUGCUCAGGCCACCCUAGCUCAUGAAGGUGCUGCCCAGGCUGCCUCAGCCCAUGAGGAUGUUGGCCAGGUCGCACCAGCCCAUGAAGAUGAAGCCCAGACCGCCACAACCCAUGAAGAUGCAGCCCAGACCGCCAUAACCCACGAAGAUGCUGUCCAGGCCUCCCCAGCCCAUGAAGAUGUUGGCCAGGCCGCCCCAGCCAAUGAAGAUGCAGCUCAGGAUGCCCAAGCCAAUGAAGAUGUUGGCCAGGCCGUCCCAGCCAAUGAAGAUGCAGCCCAGGCUGCCCUUUCCAAGGAAGAUAGUGCCGAGGCCACUCUGGCCAAGGAACUGGCCAUUGAGGGGGGUCCUGCCACUGCUGAUCCUGAUGAGGCUGCUCCUGAAACCGGUGAUGCCACCAGGGCAGACCCUGCCCCUGAGACCGCGAAGGCCUCCCCUGCCAUUCAGGGAGAUGAGAAUGCUCUGGCUCCUGCAGGUCUAGGUCAGGCAGGGCCCUCGCCUGCCCACGUGGGCAUUGCUUUCGGGGUGGGCUCAGGAGGUCCUGGCGGUGACCCAGAGGGCCUGUCCCAGGAAGAAGAUGAGGAGGCUGAGGAGCCCCACGAGGAGGAGCUCAUUCUCUUCCAGGAGGAGUCAGAAAGUGAGGACGGGUCUGGGAAGAUGAGUUCCCCUGAGCCCUCCUUCAAGUAA